GACGCUUAAGCCACAUACGGUUAAAACUCAUGUACAACCUAAAAGGGAGUGUUUUCAAGACAGGUGGAAGAAUGGAGAACAUGACGUCCAUUACUUCAUCCAGUGGGGAAAAUGCAUCUAUAAUUGUGAGACGAACAGAGUCCUGUGAUGCUCACAAGAUCAGUGCACUGAUCAGUCCAGCAACUUCAGCAGUGUUUGGAAAAGUCAAUGUGAUCUCCCUGCUGGAAAAAGCUAAUAUGGCGGUUACUAUAUGCACAAUAAAUAAUAAAGUCCUAGCCCAUGCUGCAUUCUUGGACCAUUCCAUUGGUGACCUGGUGGAUCAGGCGUCGUGGGAAAAGUUUCUUCAAACCCAUUUUAAUACUUCAAAUAUCACACCUUUAAACACAAUUUUCCUACAUCUCUUUGUGGCUCAGCCUGAUUUUUCUGUUUCCUGUGCUAAAGAGAUUAUCAGAACUGUGUUUAAUGCCAUCACAGAGCUGGAAUACAUCUGCCUUAUCACACCGUACAGCAGCAGCCUCGAGCCAGCGCUGAUGGACAUUUUCGAGCCCAUGCCCUGUGUUACAGAUGAAAUCCAGUGUGGUGCAUUCGUGUGCCACAGACACAACUACUGGCCAAGACUGCAUGUGCGCAGAGCCAGGGUUGAAGAUCUCAUGGACCUCACAGACUUGGAGAACAUGAGGACUCUGGGUGACUGCUGGCCUGUGGCAGACAUAUUGGCUGAUAAAAUUGAGGCUGAAGAUGAACUGAAUCAUGUUGCUGUGUUUGAGAAUGAUGGCAAGGCUGUUGGCUUCAUCAUUGUCUCUGGUAAAUUUAACCUGCUGUCGCUGAACACGGAAUACGAUCUUGGGCCAUUUGAUGGACUAAAAAAGAAGAAAGCAGAGAAGCAAAUUGAUGAUUUGGACCAAUUGCAGCAGGCCAAGCCGACAGACGACAUCAGUGAUCCUGCAAAACCACCCACAGAAUCUGAGGUCAUGGAAACAGAGUACAUUAGCGCUCAUACUACAGACGACAGAAGAAACGGCACGGCAUCAGAAGGAGAAGAUAAUGCUUUUAUGAUCCAAAUACAAAUCGUUAAGAAUUUUGCAACAAGGGCCGUUGAUUGCUUACCUUAUGUUUUUCAACUUUUCCCGGAGAGGGAUUUCUGCAUCAUACUGGUGCGUACACUGGAUCCAGAUUUCCCUUUACUCCAGAGCUUCGUCAGAGCCACUCCACGUGACUGCAGACACUGUGAUCUUUACAUCUUCCACCGCUCAGGCCUUCUCAAAACGCUGGAGGUGCGUGUUGUUGUUUCUGAAGAUAAAUCUGCAAUUCAGCAGCUGGUUCCUCAGCAUGAAGCCCUGAUGGAAGACCUGAAUCUAUUCUUCCAACGAGACCCAGGCAUUCAGGCAUUUGUAGCACAGGUUGAAGGACAGAUCAUCGGUGUGUUGGUCAUUAAAGAUGAGAAGGACAUCGAGUACAUCCGAGCCAACUACAACAUUGAGAACUUUGUGUACUUCAGUCAGCACCAGCUUGAGGAACAUGGUCGGCUGUGCCAGUUUUCCCUGCACCCCAUCUUCCAGCAUUAUGCCAAGUACUUCCUUAAGGAGGCACUGCGCAUCGCUCACAAAUCUUGCCUGUUCUACUGCGUCUACCCGUCUAACCACAGCGAUGAGAAUGCCAGUGCACAUUCCCUUACAGCGGUGCUGAGCUCUAUGGUGCCAGUGCAUCCACGACGCCAGAUCAUCUACCCGCUGGAGGAUUUGGGCAUCAAUGCACCUUCCAGUCUCAUCACCACAGAGCAGGUCCCUUAUGCACUGAAUCAUAUUAACCGGAAACUCACGCUGGAGCCCAAAGUUAACAUCAAUGCUAAGAUUGUGGUGGUAGGAGCUUCGGACACUGGCUUGGCUUUUCUGGAAGCGCUCACAUUCUGCCCUCAUCUGCAGUUCAACAACCUGACUCUCAUCUCUCCUCAUGGCUUACAUGAACACCACAACACUGACAACAUGAGCUUUCUAUCUACAAGUCAUUGCUACAGCAGUCGAGAUCAUGCUCAGCUGUCACUGCGCUCCUGGGUCAAUGUGAUAAAGGGCAAGAUGACAGCUAUAGACAGGAGAAUAACAUGUGUACAAAUCAACGGAGAUCACCGCAUUCCCUAUGAUCAUCUCAUCCUCUGCACUGGGCAGCAAUACCAGAUGCCUUGUCCUACUGGAGCAGACAUCAGUACAUGGUCCUCCACCAGCUUAGUGCCAGAGAAACACAUCCACAGAUACACUGGUCACAUUCCCUCCAACCUCUUUACUCUGAAUUACCAGCAGGACUGCACUCAGGCCUACCAUUGGCUGAUGGAGAACUUUCUUCAGCAAGAAGGUAACGCUGUAGUUUACGGGGACACCAUUGAUGUCUACACCUGUUUGGAGACACUGCUGAAAUUAGGGGUAACAGGAUCCCGCAUCCAUGUGGUGCACCAGAACCCAGCUGGAUCUCCAUCCUGUUUCCAAAACCUGACUGUGUAUCAGGCAGUGAGGACGGCUCUAGAGGAUCAGGAUGUUUGGAUCCAUCACAACUGUCUGCUGGCUCAGAUGAAUGAUGGACAGCACACUGAGCCACUCACAUCUGUUUCAUUUACCACAGAUGGCCCACCCCUCAGACUGGAAUGUGCGGUCUUCUUUAACUUCUCCCAUAAAGGUGUGGACUUUGACUCCUUUAAGGCCAUAAAUAAUGACUAUCUGUUGUUUGAUGGCCGGCUGGUAAUCGACUCAACCUACCACACAAACGACUGCAAAAUCCAUGCUGCCGGACCUUUAACAAAGUUAUCUCGCAGCCGCUAUGCUGAUCAGUGGUCCCACUCAUUCUUUAACUCCAAGGAAGUGGGCCAGGAGCUGGCGUCCAUGUUGCUGAACUUAUUCGACCCAACACUGGAGCCACCAGCUAAACCUGCACCAGAUGCUGGUCGUCUCAUUCCCGUCUACAAGCAGCCUAAGAUAACAGGUGCAAAGCUACCAGGUGGAUACCAUUAUCUCCAUGUCACAAAACCUUCAGGCUACACCUUAUCUCCAUCACUCAGCAGCGCUAAGGGCCGGAGCAUUGUGACAGGCAGUGUGGAGACAGGAAACUACUUCCAGCUGAGAUUCAGUCAGUAUAGCAUAGUGGAAAGCAUCACCUGUUUGUCCUUUAAUCCACUUCCUGUCUCCAACUAUGUUUGUCUGUACGGCAAACACCAGCUGCUGCUCAACCAUCUGUAUGCACGCUUUGACGAGGAACUGAUCCACGACUUGUACAGCUAUUUCAGAGAGAGCUGGUGCAUGGCUAUAUUUCAAGAUCGCUUCGAUGAUUUCCAACAGGAAGUUCGACAGAUCGUGACAGAUGAGCUCAACAGUGAUUCGAGAUCCAUCACAGAACUCAUGGAGAUGGCCAGUGACAGCACAAUUCCUGUAGAUCAGCGUGAACAAACUGUAGAACUGGGCAACGUAAAGGAAAGUGUUUUGGAGUACUUAGAGUUCAAUCAAUACCAUCUCCCCAUGUAUGCACAACCUGAACAGUACUAA